AUGGCGCUUUCUAGAUCUCUGUUUUUCGCUUUGAUCGGUUGGGUUGCAUUCACCUGUCUUGAGGCACAACAAACCACAAGUAUAAAUUGUGACACAAUACCCUACCCGCUCACACUGUCAACAUUUUUGGAUGAAUAUACAGGCGAUAUAGAAUGGAUUACAAAUAUCCCGCCCAAUGUAAAUCUGAAAUUAAGAGAGUAUUUUUUCCCCGAGCACUUACCAUAUGUGGAGCUAGUACAUACAUUUGGAUCUCCCAACGCAACAGUGAGGACUCGUAAGCCCCUGGAUGUUGAUUCUAUUGAGAGGACUGGAACGGUAUCCGCAAUAAACGUCUCUGUUAUACAAGUGAAAGCUGUGGAUAAAGAUUUUUUACCUGAGUUUAACGUCGUUACUUACAGUCUUUGGGGUCCAAACUCCAGUUACUUUCAUAUAAGGGAAGGAGAUGGAAACAUCAUCCUGAAUAAAACAUUGGAUUACAACAAGAUCAACCUUUUCAAUUUAACAGUCCAAGCAAAGGAAAAAUUUGGAAGCAAUAGUGGCACUGCAUCAUUACUAAUUAAUGUGCAAGAUUACGAUACACUGAACCCUUAUUUCAGUCAACAAGUAUACAAUGGAAACAUCAGUGAAAACCAGGUGGGCCAUCUGUCUAUUCACCCAGAGGAGAUAUUAGCUAAAGAUGGAGACACAGGUAUAAAUGAGAAAGUAGUUUACAGCAUCAAACUAGUGAAUCCUCCAGCCUAUAGCAACAACUUUGUAAUUGAUGCAGACACUGGAGUGUUGGGAGUAAAGACUGCACUUGACAGAGAAGAAUGUCCGUAUCUUGUUGUGAGCAUUCAGGCAGCUCAGCAAGAUAAUAUUUUCAAAACAGCCAAUGCAGUAGUGCUGGUUACUAUUGAAGACGUGAAUGACAAUCCUCCGGAAUUUUCACAAUCAAGUUACAAUAUCUCGAUCCCAGAAAAUUUCCCAAAUGGGAUGGAAGUUCUUCAAGUAACAGCUUUCGACAAAGAUGAGGGAGGCUUCCAGGGAACAUUCAUUCUCAUUUCAGCUGACAGUCCCUUCCUGUUAAGUCAAGCUGGGAUCCUAACUGUGAGGAACUCCACGCUAUUGGAUAGGGAGAGAAUACCAUCUAUUCACCUACAGGUCGCUGCUAGAGAUCAUUUGACACUUUAUGAUGAGGCAUACUCUACUAUCAACAUAGUGUUACUAGAUGAAAAUGACAACAGCCCAACCUUUAGAGGCACACCAUAUAAACAAGAUAUUUUCAUCAACAUGACUGCAGGAAUGCCCAUUCUUCAGGUUGCUGCUGAUGAUCCAGAUGAUGGUAUAAAUGGAGAGAUAAGCUUUACAUUAGCUGGUGGCAAUGAAGAUGGAUACUUUGAAUUGGAUACAUCCACAGGACAAAUCAGUUUAAAAACAGUAAUCCCAUUAGGAGUAAACCAGCUUAAGAACUUUGUCUUGUGGAUAACAGCUAUUGAUGGUGGGACGAUGCCAAGAAGUUCAUCAGUGCCAGUACAGAUCUUUGCAGUUGGAGAUUCCAGACCACAAUUUGUUCAGAAAACAUACUAUGUGUCUGUGGAAGAAGAGCUAGUCAAUCCUGUUGAAGUAGCAAGAGUAGAGUACGAGUCUUUAAAUCCCCAUAUACCAGUUACACUUCAAGUACUGACGGAAUCUACUACAUUUGAAAUCGAUCUCAAUGGAACCAUCUCGACAAAAACCAAACUGGACUAUGAAUCCCAGAAUAAUUACAUACUAAAUAUUUCAUUGUCAGAUGGAAAUGCUACUGAUUAUGCUACAGUGUUUAUCAAAGUCACAGAUAUCAAUGAUAACAGUCCUGUGUUUGAUACAACCAGCACAACCAUUACCAUUCUGGAGAACACAACAGUUGGAGCUAGUAUUACCCGUGUGUCAGCUACGGACGUGGAUGGGGGCUUUAACGGAUUAGUGGUUUAUAGUCUGAAAGGUGGAGAAGGGAAAAUGGACAUUAACAACUCAGGAUUAAUUUUGCUGGAAAAAGAACUAGACAGAGAAAAACAAAGUUUCUAUAACCUAACAGUGAUUGCUAGUGACCAAGGCCAACCCGUGCUGUCUACAGCUCUCAAUUUGACAGUUAUCAUUGGCGAUGUGAACGACAACCCUCCAGUGUUCUCAUCAAGUAGGUACGAAGUGAGCGUCCCUGAAGACAAAGUGCUUGGAACGGCACUGCUGACAGUAUCUGCUACUGAUUUGGACACUGGGGCCAACGCCCUUGUGAAGUACAGAAUUGUGAGCCAGCAACCUCCAACCUCCUUGCCAGUGUUCCUUAUCAAUUUGACCACAGGCCAGGUCAGCCUGAGCCAGCAGCUGGAUUAUGAAACUAUAAAGCAAUUCGAAGUAGAAGUGGAGGCAUCAGAUGGAGGGCAACCAAGUCUUAGCGCUAAGGCACUUGUAACUGUGCAUGUACUAGAUGUCAACGAUAACCCACCAGAAUUUAAUCAGGCAGCUUAUGAUGUAUUUGUGUUUGAAAACCUGCUAAGGGGUAGUCCUGUUUACACAUUCAAUGUUACAGACAAGGACGAGGCUGGCUUUUCUCAGGGACACUUUAUUGAUAACAGUACUUUAUUUACUGUGGAUAUCCCUGGAACACUUUCAUUAAGGAAUGACACAGAACUGGAUCGAGAGACCACAGCUGGAUUCACUUUACAAGUAUGGGCAGUCGAUGCUGAAGUGAAUGGGCUUAGUUCAAGUGCCCUGUUCCACAUCACUGUUCUGGAUGUCAAUGAUAAUAACCCUGAGUUUCAGAUGCAGCCAUACCGUUUUGCAGUUCUGGAAGGAGAUUACACGUUGGGUGCUCCUGCUGCAGUUGGAAAUGUGACUGCUACUGAUUUGGAUGAGGGAGAGAAUGCACAAAUUACCUACCACUUAUCAGCUGAGGAUGGGGAUAAUCCGUAUAACAUCCAACAGGAUGGAACCAUUUUGGUUAAAGGCUACAUAGACCGAGAAACGAAAGAGACAUAUGAGUUGCUGCUGGUGGCAUCUGAUAAUGGAGUACCUCAAAGGCAGAACUUCACGUAUGUCCACAUUCAAGUGUUAGAUGUGAAUGAUAACCCCCCUCGGUUUAUGGAAGGACAUUACUCUGCCACUGUACACGUAGCAACGGCAAAAGAAGGAGCGUCUGUACUAUCUGUGUCUGCUACUGAUCUUGAUGUUGGGGACAACUCUGUUAUUUCUUACAGCCUUAUGAAUCAUUCUGAUGAUUUCCAUAUAAAUAACCACACCGGAGAAAUCACCCUCAGCAGUAACUUGGACCAUAUCGUAGCUGACACAAUUGUUACCCUGGUAGUUAUUGCUACUGAUCAUGGAGUUCCUCAGCUUACAUCAAACGCCUCUGUUACUCUCUACUUGCUGGUAAACGACACUAGCUUCGGACUGGCUUUUGAAAGCUCCAGCUAUGAGUUCACUGUUCAAGAAGAGGAACCAGUUGGGACUGCUGUUGGCUCUGUGAAGGCUCUGACUGGAAGCAUAGCCAUACAAGUAGUGUACUCUCUGAAAUCUCAUGGUGACAAGUUCUCUGUUAGUGACCAAGGACACAUUGUGACUUUUGCUAGUCUAGACCGAGAAGAAGAUGACCUAUACAGCAUCAUUGUAGAAGCUAUUGAUUCUGUGGUGCCACCCAACACAGCUGUUGCUUUGGUAACUGUGAGAGUUAAUGACAUCAAUGACAAUCCUCCGAUUUUCUCAACAUCAAUUCAGACUAAACUAUCAGCUCCUGAGAACGCAGCUAGUCUAGACUUGGGUGUAUUUUCUGCUACUGAUUUGGAUAUAGGAGUUAAUGCACUUAUAAGUUACUCUCUGCAAGAUGAUUUUGAUGGAAUGUUCCAUAUUCACAGUUCCACUGGCAAGCUGAUGACAACAAAAUCCUUAGACAGAGAGACGGUGGACAGUUAUGAAUUGAAAAUAAUUGCCACUGAUUCUGGCAAACCACCACAAUCUGCGAGCUUAGUUCUAAGCAUCACUGUAGAAGAUGUGAAUGACAACCCACCAGUGUUCCCCCAGAAAUCAUAUGCUGUGACUGUAAAAGAAAAUGAGCCUCCGCACGUGAUUUUGAGUGCAGCAGCCACAGAUGAAGAUAUAGGGUACAAUGCCAUUAUUCAUUACACCAUAAUUGGAGAGACUUAUUCAUUUCACGUUGGAGAACUUUCUGGAAAUAUUUCAACUCUUCAACCUCUGGACUACGAAAGUCGUUCCCAGUACACAUUUAUUCUGAAAGCUUUCAAUCCUGGAGAGCCAUAUUUCCAGGACACAGCAAACAUUACAGUUACUGUGGAAGAUGUUAAUGAAGAAGGACCCAUAUUUGACAAGCCCUCGUAUUACCGGAUCCUUCUAGACAAUUCUACAGCUGGCACACUGGUAGUGGAUAUCAAUGCAAGAGAUGAAAACAAGGGUUAUGAUGAAGGCAUUUUCUACAAUAUUUCAGAUGGAAACUCAGAUGGCCUCUUUAGUCUUUCCAGUAACACAGGAGAACUCACAUUAACAAGAGACUUAUUGAAACAGACUGUUUCCCAAUAUUACUCCUUGAAUGUCACUGCUACAGAUUCGGGUCUGCCACCUCUUUCAACUACUGUAAAGGUGUCAAUAACCAUAGCUCCCAUCAACAGUUCAUUCCCGGUGUUCUCUGAAGAGGUCUAUAAGCCCGCCCCUCUGAGUGAGAAGACGCUGCCAGAUACAUUCGUUGUACAUAUCCGUGUGUCAUAUAAGGACCCUGUGACAUACAGUAUUGUAUCUGGAGAUGAGAAGGGUUAUUUCAUUAUUGAUUCAUCCACUGGUAUCAUAAGAACAAGAAAGAAUUUGAAACCAGAAGAUUUUCCAGUCAGUUUCCGUGUGCGAGCAACAGAUUCGUCCAAUGCUGCUUUAUUCAUAUUUAAUGAAGUUUCUGUGAAUGUGGAAGUUAUUGAUGAAAAUGAUUUCCCUCCAGUUUUCCCACACUCUCUAAUCGAAGAAGGAUUGGAAGAGAAUGUAUCUGCAACUCAGAUUGUCCAGCUGAAAGCUCAGGAUAAUGAUACAGGUAGAAAUGGUUUCCUAACAUACGGCAUUCUCAGCGGAGAUGAACAAAAAUUCAGGAUAAAUGAAUCAACUGGAACUCUUUAUUCUACUACCUCCUUUGAUUACGAAGAAGAACCUAGAGAGUAUCAGGUUGUGGUAUAUGCUGAAGAUGAUGGAAUCCCUGAGAAGAAAAGAGGUUACUGCACAGUUGUCAUAAAGAUCAUUGAUGUUAAUGACUGGCCACCUGUCUUUGAUCAAAUCAGUGAAUUCAGUGUAAAUGAAAAUGUGCCUGCAGGAUUCAUAGCUGGAAAAGUCACAGCAACAGACAGAGACACAGGAGACAAUGCUUUUAUUCUAUAUAGCCUUACAGGUGGUGGAGGAAAUAUAUUUGAAAUAGAUGAACUAUAUGGCUAUAUUAAGAUAAAGAACUCUCCAGACUAUGAAACCAUGAAUAUAUACAACCUUACAGUGAGUGCAGUCAACAAUAAAUCUGCCCCUUUCCAUCAGGCAACUACUCACGUCACUGUUCUAGUAAUUGAUGUGAAUGAUAAUGCUCCAGUAUUUGCUCAGGAUUCCUAUUCUGCUUCUAUAAACAUGAUUAAUCCUGUAGGUGCUCAUGUCAUAACUGUGAGUGCUACCGACAAAGAUCAGGGACAAAAUGGCCUUAUAGAGUACUACAUCCUCCCUGAUAAAAACUUCAGCCCGUUCUUCCUGAUAGAAGAUGUGAGUGACGGGAAAAUAAUUACAACCGGAAACCUGUCUAGAUCUGGAGAGAUCCAUUUAACAGUGAUGGCUAAGGACAAAGGCUCUCCAUCUUUAAAUGGCACUGCUAUGAUUACUCUUAAUGUGUUUGACAACCGUCCAUUUGUUCCUCAGUUUAACCAGAGUGAAAUCAGCAUUUCCAUUCCAGAAAACACAGGAGUGAAUUAUUUAAUUUACGCUUUUACUGUGGCUGAAACUUCAGGAAAACAAAUUGCUUAUACAACUGUAUCUGGCAAUGAAAAAGGUCAUUUCAGACUGGAUCCACAAAGUGGUCAGCUGAGAACCACAAUUAAUUUGAACUACGAGGAAAUUUCUCAGUAUGUGAUUCUCAUUGAAGCAAAUGAACAUCUUUUAACUGCCAUGGAAGUCCAGUAUUCAGGCCUGUUUGCUCAAAAUGUGGCCAUGCUGACAAUCUCAGUGCAGGAUGUGAAUGAAGAUCCAGCAUUUUUGAGCAAUGACUACUCUGCUUGGAUACCAAACUCUGUGCCGUACAGAUACCCGGUUAUCACAGUUGAGGCCACGGAUCCAGAUUCAGGAGACAAUGGAGUUCUGCUGUACAGCUUGGUGAAUAAUCAAGGAAAUGAAUUUGACAUCAAUGAAAAUACAGGGCAGAUUUUUACAGUUUCUGUAGCAGGAAAGGCUGGAACAUUUUAUCUGGAAGUUCAAGCUGCAGACCAAGGCACAAAAAGGCUCACGGCCCAGACAACAGUGAUGGUAACCGUUGAUUCCAGUUCCAGUGACAACAUUGUGGUGGUGGUACUUAAUCAGAAUAUCAAUGUUGUUGAAAAACACAUUGCUGAAGUAAAAAGGGUCCUGGAAAAUGCACUUGCGUGGCGUGUAUUCAUCAUUGAUGUUUAUUCUAAUGAGUUUGAAAGAAAAGCAAGAAGCAGCGCUGAGACCACCAACAUAAAAAUUCUUGCUUUUGAUGAGGCAAACCAGGAAGUAUCUGGGGAAGAUGUAAAAAGAAAACUUAGGGGGGAGAUGAACAACAUUGAGAUCGAACUGGACGAAACAUUUCCAACAUUUGUUACUGCUACCAUAGAAGAGGCUCCUGCAGACACAGCAAGUCCUGAACUCAUUGCAACUAUCAUCCUCAGUGUUCUGCUAGCCUGCACCCUCAUCGCCUUCCUGGUAUAUGUAGUCGUUACUGAAAAAAGGAAAAGAAAGCAUCAGCAACACUAUUUGGUUGAGAAGCAAGUUGGAGUUAUAGAGGGUAUUGAUAAUCCGUGUGCAGCUGCCUCAAAUGGAACUUUGAAAAGCUUAGAGACACUAGAGCACAUGAAUAACUUGAAAACUGAAAUAAUAGCACUUAGUAACACAGAAAAUGCCAAAGAAGGCCAUGCUGACAAAGAUGAACUCGAGGUCAACGAAAAAUGCGAUUACCUUGAGACACUAGAUCACAUCAGCGCACACGAAGAAAAUGUAGCAUCUGAAAAAGACACUGAACCUAGAAAGGUACAGGCCUGGCCCACUGCAGAAUUCACAUCAAAACAGGAUCACUUUCUGACAGGUACAAAUCCAGCAUCAGCUCUUUCCUUAACACCUGAUCGCACAACACACACCCCUGAAAAAGAAGUUAAAGGAGUAAAAUUUUCAGAAGUGGCCAUCAUUCUGGACGCAGAGCUUGAAGAUGAUGACCCUGAUGAUAAUGAUGUGUUUUUUCAUCAAUAAGAAUGCUUGACAAAGAAACCUUUUAGGAGAACCACAAUGACACUCACUGGAAUACUACAGAAUUAAAUGAGCAGUAAGAAUAUGGGAAUACUAUCCAGAGUUUAUUUCCUGUUGCUCCUGUUUGUGCUGCAAAAGAUGGAUGAGACAAUCAACAGGAGGCUUGAAGGGCUGCAGGCUGCUGUCCUGGAUGCUCCCUUAUAGAGCACGUGAUUCCUUAUGAGGUGUGUUAAAU